CUCAUCUAGACAUACCACAUACACAAAAUGGGUUUCAUCGAUUUCAUUUCCGACGCUGGCCUCACUCUCCUUGAGAACUGGACCAAGACCCGUUCUUACAUCGUUGGCUACGGUCCUUCCCAAGCCGAUGUCAAGACCUUCCAGGCCCUGAAGUCCUCGCCCGAGGUCGCCAAGUACCCUCACGCCGCCCGCUGGUACAAGCACAUCGCCUCUUUCGAGUCCGAGUUCUCUUCGCUGCCCGGUGACCCCACCAAGGAGUUCACUGCCUACGGUCCCGAGUCCGCUGAGCUCACCAUCAACCCCUCAAAGGCCACCGCCAACGCCGAGGAGGAGGAUGACGAUGAGGUCGACCUUUUCGGUUCCGAUGACGAGGAGGAGGAUGCUGAGCACGCCCGUAUCCGUGAGGAGCGCCUCGCUGAGUACGCCGCCAAGAAGGCCGGCAAGACGAAGCCCGCUGCCAAGUCAAUCGUCACCAUGGACGUCAAGCCCUGGGACGAUGAGACCGACAUGAAGGAGCUCGAGCAGCACGUCCGUUCCAUCGAGAAGGAUGGUCUCGUUUGGGGUGCCUCUACCCUCAUCCCCGUUGGUUACGGUGUCAAGAAGCUCCAGAUCAACUUGGUCGUUGAGGACGACAAGGUCUCGCUCGAUGAGCUCCAGGAGCAGAUCGCUGAGUUCGAGGACCACGUCCAGUCCAGUGAUAUCGCUGCCAUGCAGAAGCUGUAAAGUGCUUAUCCAGCACCGAACCAAGAGUUCACGUCGGCAGAUCGCCUGCAUCUGAUCCCAGGUGUUGGUUUUGACUGGUCGAGACCGCUGAAACUCUUCGUUGCAAUGAUCACAAUGAGAGCGGCAUGUCUCGCAGUCAGUGAUGGGUUAAUGAGCUUCAUGUCAUGCAUUUUAUAAAGCGUACAACUGAAAAAAGAAAGCAAAACCCAGGGAUAAUGAUACCCC